AUGCAAAUCGCAAAUCGCAUCGCGGAACCAGGAGCGGCACAAGCCUUGUUUGCAACAGCCUCUUUGACCACGAAAUCUCAACCCUUUAUAUUUGUACCUCUGCCGAAGAUGAUUACGGAUGCUCUGGUAGUACAGGAGCCGGGAGCGGCGUGGAUCCACCAGCAAAUCACCAUUGAAGACAGUCUCCGAGACGAUGAGGUGCUGGUGGAAAUCAAAGCGACGGGCGUUUGCCAUACGGAUCUCAACUUCGCGGCCGAGAAGACGAUGCCGGGCCUCUUUCCGGGGGUGUUUGGCCACGAAGGAGGAGGGAUCGUUGUCAAGACCGGCCGAAAGGUCACGUCGACGUCGCCUGGGGACCACGUGAUCCUGGCCUACGCCUGCUGCGGCGACUGCAAGUACUGCAGUAGCCACGCGAGCUCCUACUGCUACGACUUUGAGAGGGCCAACUUGGGGGUAGGCAGAGCCGAUGGCUCCAAGGCCUACGCCGGCGCGGACGGACGUCGCAUCAACUCGCACUUCUUCGGCCAGAGCUCGUUCGCAAAGUUCGCCAUCGUGAUGGCGACGUGUGUGGUCAAGGUCGAUCCAAGCUUGCCGUUGGAAGACCUGGCACCGCUGUCGUGCGGGUUUCUGACUGGGGCUGGAGCCAUGUUGAAUGUUGUGGCGCCAACGGUCGAUGACGUUGUAUGCAUCGUCGGAGCUGGCGCUGUCGGCUUAGCCGCGCUGAUGGCCUUGAAGAUGUGUCCGACUCCUCCUCGCAAGGUCAUUGCCGUGGACAUCGUCCCGGAGCGCCUGCAGCUUGCCAAGAAGUACGGCGCCACGGUGCUGAUCAACUCUCGGGAGGUGAAAGACCUCCAAACCGCGUUGCGGGAUGCCACGGAUGGUGAAGGGGUCGAUGGCGCGAUCGACACCACGGGGAGGGCUGCGAUCGUGGUUGAGUUGUUGAAGGCAACUGCAAAGAAGGGGAGGGUCAUACAAGUCGGCGUGGGUCAGCUCGAUGCCGAAGUGUCCGCGAACAUCUUGGGAACCGUCACGAGCGGCCGGCAGUACAUUGGGUGCGCCAACGGCAACUGCUUCCCGCAGGAUUUCGUCCCCAAAUUGAUAAAAGCAUGGCAGAACGGAAUCUUCCCCUUCACAGACCUUGCGGUCAAGUACCCAGCCCGAGACAUGGACCUGGCUGCGAAGGACGUCCUGAGCGGGAAAGUCGUCAAGGCGGUCCUGAUGUGGGAUUGA